AUGGCUUGGAGCUACAGUCGCUACUUCGCCAAUACAACGUUCACUACUGAGAAUGCCAAAGUCGUCAAAAUACAAAACCAAAAUCCAUUUCCGGAUCUUCUCAACGUCCUCAAUGACUUUUGGCCAUCGAGGAUUGACGAUAACGAAAAGCCAAUCCUUGGCACAGGCCCAUAUCGAGUUGUCAAGUUUACGCGUCAAGACAACAUUGGGUCCGCAACACUAGAGCUGCUAGAUUCUGCUCAGCAUCCAGACUGGCCACGGAACAUCGUCGCUACGGCGGCUCGGGAUGGUGAAGAACGGCUGAAGCUUUUACAAAGCGGACAAGUGGAUGCGGCCUUGAAUUUGGAGCGCAUUGACAAUCUGAAACUUAUUAACUUCCAAUCCCCACUGCAGUGGGGAAGAGUUCCAAGCACUUUGUCGGUUAUCUACUACCUCAAUUGCCCAGAGGGAGUCUUUUCGUCGCCGCAGGUCCGUCUGGCUGCCAACCUCGCCAUCAAUAACCAAGCGCUGGUUGACGAAGUCUACUUUGGCCUUGCUACGCCAGCUGCAACCGUCGUCAGCCCUCACCAUCUCGGCUUCAAGGAAGCAAACCUAAGUCCCAUCCCAUAUGACCCCGAACGAGCCAAAGAACUCAUCAAACACCUCGAUUUGAGAAAACCUCUACGUCUGCGCACGCCAGAAUGGAUGCCGGAGCACGCUAUCAAGAUAACCGAGUUCGUCAAGAGAUCUCUCGAGUCCAUCGGUUUCAAAGUAGACGUUGAGGUUGAGACCAAUCGUCCAGAGUACGCACGGUCCAUCGGUCUCCGAAAGAAUAUUGGUGACCUUGCUUGUUUUGAUUCGACACCAAACACGACGUUUCGAGUUCUAGAUGACAAGGUCUCGAGCGAAUCGCAUGGUACGUGGUGGCUGGGUUAUCACGAUGAUGAGUUUCAGAGGUUGUUUGCAAAGGCGAGAGGAGCAGCAGGGGGCGAUGAUAGAAAGAAGGCGUACGCGGAGGCUUUGAAGAGGGUGCACGAAAAUCCACCGUGGUUGUAUAUCGCUCAUCCGGAUGUCAUUUGGGCUACCAAGGAUGGGGUCGAGCUGAGCAUUGGUCCAUCAGGAGUACUGGAGCUAGGAAAAUAA